AUGACGGUCUGGAAGCUGAUCUGUCCUCGCGAGGAUGUUUCAGAAUCUGGUUCUCUGCAACUAUUCCGCCACGGCACCGCUUCUCCAUGUUUCACGGACCUCUGCAUCUCCGUGGCGAUGUACGCGCAUGCCGCGUGCACGGCGUACAGUAUGGGCGAGAAGAGUAACUCAGACUUCUACCGACUACCGCGAAAUUGGCGUCUUCGGUCGCGGAGAAUAAUUGUAUCCAUCCUUAUGGCGCUCCCUGUAAUAUACUUAAUGGUUGUGCAACUACUACAGGGUCACGAGCUCCAUGCUCUCCGGUAUGUGAGCGUCAGUUUGAGUAUUCUCUGCUGGGCGUAUCAUCUGGCCUACUAUCUUCAGCACAAGCGAAAAGCAGAGCUCCACGUUACCUUCGCCUCAGCUCUCUGUCUGAUGACCUCGGCGCUGAGGAGUUACUCGCUCUUGAAUGAAACCGCGGCCUUGAGCUACGGGGAUCCAAUAUCCUAUUAUGUUGAGCUGUACUGCAGUCUCUUCACAACUGUUCUGCUGCUCAUAUACAGCUGUCUGACCAUCAGGCCAUGGACGAGUGUGCCCUCGCCUUCAUUGUCGAUGGCGAAUGUACUUUCUUCGUCGCUAUCCGAUGGUUAUGUGCGGUUCGCCAUGUUGGAAGAGGAAAUGGGAGCUCUCGGUCAGGCCGAAGAACACGCGAAUCUGCUCUCACUGAUCAGCUUCUGGUGGGUCGGACGGAUGAUGCGCAGAGGAUUCUGUGGCUCUUUGAAUCAACCAUAUGAUCUUCAUGAUCUACCGAAGGGCUUGUACUCAGAGGAACUAGCUUUCAAGUAUGCUCAAACGCGGGGACAGCACCGCUCUCUUGUAUUAACGCUGCACCAUCUUCUCGGAUUGCCCUUCUACUUCUUGGGGAUAAUAAAGCUUAUGUGCGACGUGUGCACCUUUGCGGGACCGAUCCUCUUGCACAAACUUGUCACCUGUUUCCAAGAUAACGCCGACGUACCCGCUCAACUCGACGCCUACGUGUACGCCUCCAUAUUAUCUGGGACGGCCCUACUCAACGCAUUGCUCAAUACUCACUUCAAUUACAACCUGGAAAAAAUCAAACUCAAGCUGAAAACCACCUUGAUCUGUGCCAUUUACGAGAAGAGCCUCCGAGUCGGUCUUCAGGGACGCGAAUUCCUCUCCGGCAAAGCUCUGAAUCUCAUGACUACGGAUGCUGACCGUGUGACGAAUUUCUGCGCUUCGUUCCAUAUGUUUUGGAGCCUGCCGCUCCAAAUCGUCGUCACCUUAUACAUGUUAUACGAUCAAAUGGGUCUGGCCUCGGUGGCUGGGCUGAUCUUUGUUCUGAUUCUCAUUCCCGUUAACAAAUAUUUGGCCAAUCGCAUCGGUUUUCUGUCGGAGAGAAUGAUGGAGGCCAAAGAUCGUAGGAUAUCACUCGUCCGAGAAGUACUGAGAGGUAUAGUACCCAUCAAGAUGCACUGCUGGGCGAAACUUUUCCAAGAUAAAAUAAUUUCCGCCCGGAUCGAUGAAGUUCGCCAUCUGAGAGGUCGGAAGUAUCUGGAUGCUUGGUGCGUUUUCUUCUGGGCUACAACGCCGGUUCUGGUCGCCGUCUUAACAUUCGUCACUUGGGGCUUGAUCGAAGGAAAUCCCAGCGAACUGAACGCUGCGAAAGUGUUCACAACGCUUGCUCUAUUCAAUUUGCUGAUAAUGCCAUUGAAUGCCUUCCCAUGGGUUUUGAAUGGGAUUGUGGAAGCCAAGGUCUCAUUGAACCGAAUGCAGAAACUCAUGAAAAUGGACGAUUUCCAGCCGGGAAGCUACUAUACUCAGACUGUUGGAGACAACAGCAUCGUUUUGCGGUUCACCGAUGCGAUUUUCGUCCAUCAUGGUUAUUCUGAUGAGACAGCCGAAAACGACUCUUUCAAGUUAGGUCCUCUGACUUUCGCCUUGCGGACGGGUGAAUUUCUCGGUGUAUUCGGGGAAGUCGGCUCAGGGAAAAGCAGUUUGUUAUCUGCCAUAAUCGGUGACAUGAAGCGGGAGCAAGGGAGCAUCGAGUUCUCUCACUGGAACCGGAUCGUGGCUCUAGUCGCUCAGAAUGUCUGGCUUCAAAAAGCCUCUAUCCGUCAAAACAUAACAUUCGGUCAAAUCUUCGACUCCGCUGUCUACAAUCGAGUGCUGGAGGCUUGUGCACUAGAGGAGGAUCUAAACAGUUUUCCGAGCAAGGAUCUGACCGACGUUGGUGAAGAUGGCUCCCGUCUGAGCGGGGGUCAGCGUACGAGACUCGCUCUGGCGCGAGCAACUUAUUGUGCCCUGAUAAAUCCGGAGAAAACGAUUUUAGUGCUCCUCGAUGACCCUUUCUCGAGUCUGGACGUUCAGGUAGCCAACAAAGUGUACACCGAGUGCAUUUGCGGAUUGUUGGCGGGAACAACACGGAUUCUCGCUACGCAUCAUGUCAGAUUUUUGGACGGCUGCACGGCGGUACUCAACUUGAAGAACGGCAUCUGUGGAGCCUACGGGAACCCGGAGGAUCUGAUACCAAGGCUCCCAGAGACGAGGGAGAAAAAAUACACUUCUCUCGUUCAUCAAGACGCCGAGGUCCCGAAUAGUGGAAGCCUUGACUUUGAAGAGGAGCCGAGGCAGAGAGGGACCAUUUCUUCCAACACACUGCGAUUUUACAUCAAAUCGAUCGGCGUAAUGGUGUCAUUCGUGACCAUAUUGUCCAUAGCUCUGAUGCAAAUUUCUCGAACAUCGAUUGACGCGUGGCUCGCGUACUUCGUUUCGAUAUCUGGAUCCUCGGGAACGUCGUUAAGCUCGGAAAGUUCACUGGGAGCGCUCAUGGGCAACUUCUUCGCGAUUUACAUCACUUUGGCUCUAGUCAACAGCGGUCUCACACUGAUGCGAGCGUUUCUAUUCGCUCGUGCUGGCUUGAGAGGUGCAAUAAGGAUCCAUAACGCCCUACUCGAUCGUGUCCUGUCAGCCUCGCUUCCGUUCUUCGAGAAAACCCCGCUGGGACAAAUUCUCAAUCGGUUAUCAACAGAUGUCUACACAAUCGAUGAUUCGCUGCCAUUCAUCGCCAACAUCCUCUUCGCACAAGCGUUCUCCCUUGCGGGAACGGUCUUCAUCACUUGCUAUGGAUUGCCUUGGAUCCUCCUCCUUCUCGUACCGCUGACGAUGGGAUACGCAUCAGUCCAGAGAUACUAUCGAUGGACGUCACGCGAGCUGAAACGCCUCUCCUCGGUCACGAUGUCCCCCCUGUACUCCCAUCUGUCCGAAUCUUUCUCCGGAGCCGUUGUGAUAAGGGCUUUCACUGCUGUACCACGUUUCCUUCACGAUUUAUUCACCAGGAUGAAUACGAACAAUCAGUGCCAGUUCUCUUCGGUGGCAGCAUCCCAAUGGCUCGGCCUGCGACUCCAGAUGAUCGGCGUAGCUCUCACCUCAGGGGUGUCGUUCCUCUCGGUCAUUGAGCAUCACAGGGUGGAUACGUCAACGGGGGAGAUCCGGGGCGUGAAUCCAGCUAUCGUGGGUCUCGUCCUGUCCAAUGUACUGUCGAUCACAUCCCUCCUUUCGGGAGUCGUGACAGCCUUUGCCGAAACUGAGCGGGAGAUGGUUUCUGUAGAACGUGCUGAAGAGUACGUCACUGGAAAAGAUUUACAGCCUGAUCUCGAUCGAGGGGGUGGAACUACAUUCGAUGAUGUAUCCGUGGGGAGUCAACCGCCUUUUGGUUGGCCUCAUUUGGGCUGGCUCAAAUUCAGCAACGUGACGCUCAGCUAUUCGAGCUCUGGGCCAGAAGUCCUCAAAGGAGUUUCGUUCGAAGUGCCAUCUGGUCAAAAACUGGGCAUCGUCGGUCGGACGGGCGCUGGCAAAUCGAGCCUGUUGCAAGCCUUGUUGAAACUGCGUCCGAUGAAAUCCGGAUCGAUCUUCAUCGAUGGGGUGGACAUCUCCGAAGUGCCUUCGCAUCUGGUUCGCGAGAAACUAGCUUGUAUACCACAGGAACCCUUCGUGUUUUUGGGGAGCCUUCGAGACAAUUUGGACCCUAUGAAAGUCCAUACCGAUCACGAUUUAUGGACUGCGCUCAGCGUUUGCUCGAUGAAUUCAGUUGUGCAACACAGCGGUGGUCUCGACGGUUUCAAACUCGAGGAGAAGGGAGCGAACUUGAGUUGUGGACAGAAGCAACUCAUUUGCAUGGCGCGGGCCAUCUUGAGGAAGUCUAGAAUACUAUGUCUUGAUGAGGCGACUUCUGGAGUGGAUAUGCAAACCGAAAAGAUGAUCCAAAGGACCUUGGACUCGAACGCUCUCCACGGCACAACCGUAAUUUGGGUCGCUCACCGCGUGCAGACCGUAUUGGAAACUUGCGAUUUGGUAGCUGUCAUGAGUUCGGGGAAAAUUGUCCAAUUUGGAGCGCCGAGAGAGCUCGUGCAAGUGGACGGAACUUUCAGAGUUCUCGUCAAUGAUAGCCAUUGAUAGUGAUAUUUGAGCUCGGAGAAGAACGCUUUCACCGCAUAGCGUGGAAUCGUCAGAUGCCUGACUGGGAAUAAACGCUCAACCGAAGUUCUUCAUAGCUUCGGCCUCGGGCUGCCUUCAGAGGAGACCAGCACAGAAUGAUUGUCCGUGUUUGGUCCGCUCAGCUGUUUGACCAUCGGAGUUGGCUCCGAUAGGAGCUGAGAGUGCGCACAGAUUCGUCUGUUCGAAGCGAUUGCCCCAACAAG